CCUGUUUGCCCCCCUGCGCGAUAUAAAAUCCAUUGUAAUGCAUAUGAAACAAUUCAUAUUGAUUUAACUAUUCGACCGGUGCAGAUCUCAGGGUCCUGGAGAAAGUAAUUAGUGUUGUGUUCUAAAUCAGCAGCUUGGUGCGAUGCGCUCGUUUACAGUGUUGAUCCUGACAGCUGCAGUGCUCGGAACUAUUGCAGCACAACAGCCACGAUCGGCGGCCGAUGUUGCUUUAGAUAUAUACAAAACUUGCUUGAAUGAUGUGAAUAUCAAGUGCGUUAAGUCGAAAGCCCUGUCAUGGUUGAGUAAAGUGUCCGAUCAAGAUGAGAUUAAGAUCACCGACACACUAACCAUCAUCCGAACAGGAACUGAUGAAGAAGAAAAUCCAGAAGUAAAGAAUGAACAACGCAACAAUAAAGCUGCACAUUUGUUGAACAAGAUCGAUAGCUUUCUCUCUACACAUGCGUUGAAGAUGGGAGUGCCGGAGGUUCUCCAAUCCGAAGAAGCUCGAGCAUAUAUUCCUGAUUCUCUAACUAAGGGAGGUCUUGCUGAGGAACUAGUUAUUCCUUUGACUGAAGGAAAUGUUGCUGAAGGUCGUGGCUUUGUAAAGAAAGUCAUGAUUCCUUUCUUGCUCGGAAUUAAGUUUAAAUCGACGGUGUUGGUUCCGAUGGCGCUUGCAUUGAUUGCGCUCAAAACCUGGAAGGCAAUGACGCUGGGGUUACUUUCGAUGGUGUUGUCGGCUGCGAUGGUCAUCUUCAAGUUUGCCAAACCGAAGAUAGUUAACUACGAAGUGGUGCACUACCCGCCGCCACAUACCCAUCACGUGGACCACCACAUCGAUCAUCACCAUUUAACUGCUCAUCCGCACGUGCAUUGGGACGCCCCUGCCGGAUGGAAGAAACGUUCGCUGGACGCUCAGGAACAAGCCUACGCAGGACAACUGUAAGCCGGCUUGUAGAUGAGUCUGGCUGAUCACCCCAAAGCUGUAAUUUAUUUAUUUAUAGGAGAAGACGGGCGAAUAAAUUAUUUUUUCUUUCGAA